AUGGAGGAGAUUAAAAAGAUCAGUAACGAGGCUUAUGAGUGGUUGAUGGCUGCAGGUCCAAGUCAUUGGUCUAGAUCACACUUUAGGACUCACCCUAAAUGUGAUAUACUCCUGAAUAAUAUGUGUGAGGGUUUCAAUGGGACACGAUCAAUACUUGCAGCUAGAGAAAGACCAAUAUUGUCUAUGCUAGAGCGAAUAAGGAUGUACUUGAUGCAAAGGAUGACCAAACAUAGACAAUCUGUGCUCAUGUGGGAUUCUAACAUUUCACCAAAAGCAGUACAAAUUAUUGAAAAGAACAAAGAGGAAGCUGGAUCCCAUUUGCCAACCAAAUCAGGAGAAUUGAUUUACCAAAUCCAUAACAUGUAUGGAAAUAUUUACUCUGUUGAUUUAAGGUCAUGGGUUUGUUCAUGUAGGCGAUGGGAGCUUACUGGGAUCCCAUGUAGCCAUGUUGUGGCUGUAAUUUGGCACAAUAAACAGGACCCAGAGCUGUACGUGAGUAAGUGGUACACAAAAGAAUAUUACAUGAAAGCUUACUCUCACCAGAUAUUCCCAAUUCGAAUUCAAGAUGAGUGGCCUCGAAGUGGGAAGAUUGGAAUGAUAAAUCCAAUUCACAAGAAGCAGCCAGGAAGGCCAAAGAAAAGCAGAAAACUUGAACUUCAGGAACUUGUUUCGGGCAAGAAAUUGAAGAAGAAAUUUGUGAUAAUUAAGUGUUCGGUUUGUGGCGGCAAGGGGCACAAUUUAAGGACAUGUGGCAGCAACAAGACAACUUCUGUGAGUAAUUCUAUACUACUGCUACUACUAUUUGUUUAUAAUGUUUAUGAUCUCUUUCAAAUUAGCUACUAUCUACUAUUAUUGCUCCACUUGAAACUGAUAAAUUGA